AUGCCACUUUACUAUGCAGCUCUUUUAGGCUUAAGUACGACUACAAGACUGCUGCUUGACGCGGGCGCCGAGGUCAACGCGCAGGGUGGAUUCUUCGGCAACGCACUGCAGGCAGCUUCACAAGAAGGCCACGAGCAGAUAGUCAAGACGCUGCUCAAUGCGGGCGCCGAGGUCAACGCGCAGGGUGGACACUACGGCAACGCACUGCAGGCAGCUUCACAAGAAGGCCACGAGCAGAUAGUCAAGACGCUGCUCGAUGCGGGCGCCGACGUUAACGCGGAGGGUGGAUACUUCGGUAACGCACUGCAGGCAGCUUCACUUAGAGGCCGCGAGCAGGUAGUCAAGACGCUGCUCGAUGCGGGCGCCGAUAUCAACGCGCAGGGUGGAGAGUACGGCAACGCACUGCAGGCAGCUUCAUGGGGAGGCCACAAGCAGAUAGUCAAGAUGCUGCUCAACGCGGGCGCCAACGUUAACGCGGAGGGUGGAUACUUCGGCAACGCACUGCAGGCAGCUUCAUACGGAGGCCGCGAGCAGGUAGUCAAGACGCUGCUCGAUGCGGGCGCCGAGGUCAACGCGCAGGGUGGAAAGUACGGUAACGCACUGCAGGCAGCUUCACAAGAAGGCCACGAGCAGAUAGUCAAGACGCUGCUCGAUGCGGGCGCCGAGGUCAACGCGCAGGGUGGAAAGUACGGUAACGCACUGCAGGCAGCUUCAUGGGGAGGCCACGAGCAGAUAGUCAAGAUGCUGCUCAACGCGGGCGCCGAGGUUAACGCGCAGGGUGGACACUACGGCAACGCACUGCAGGCAGCUUCAGUCAGAGGCCACAAGCAGGUAGUCAAGACGCUGCUCGAUGCAAGUGCGCAUCAACACCUGGAGGAUGAUCUUGCGUUAGGGGCCGAAUAG